AUGAGGCGUGUCAUUGUUGUCGGUGGAACAUUCUUGAAGAGUAAAUUCAAAGGGGUGCUACUGGUUGCAACUGCUAUAGAUGAAAAUUCAAAUUUAUAUCCUAUUGCAUUUGGGAUAGUAGACUCUGAGAAUGAACAGUCUUGGGAAUGGUUUAUGAGACAAUUAAAAAUUAUUGUUGUUGAUGAUAAUGGUUUGGCUUUUAUUUCGGAUAGACAAGCGUCAAUAGCGAAGGCACUGGAGAAAGUGGGGAAGGGAUUAGCUGGGUUGAUUUCUAAGGCUUCAAAGGCUUAUAGAGUAGUUGAUUUCAAGAAGACGUUUGCUCAUGUUUGCAAUACCAGUCCAGCAAUUGAAAAUUAUCUUAUGGAAGCAGAUGUCAAAAAGUGGGCUAGAUGUCAAUUUCAUGGAUACAUGUAUGACAUUAGGACAAAUAAUCCUGCAGAGUCGAUAAAUUCUGCGUUGCGUUCGCCGAGAAAGUUUCCCGUAAUUCCUUUGUUGGACAGUAUUAGAGAAAUGCUGACACGCUGGUUUUUUAAGCGUAAGAAGUUGAUUUCAAAGCACACCCACCGUUUGACCAUAGAUGUGGAGGAAAAGAUGAAUAGGAGAAUUGAAAAGGGGAAAAGUUUCGGAGUUUACCCUGUAACCGAUAGCCAGCUGCUUGUUAAAGGCGAUACAAUUGACUGCUUUGUUGAUUUGGACAAACGGACUUGUUCUUGUGGGAAGUACGACCUCUUGAAAAUCCCUUGUAGACACUCAAUAAAAGCCGGUUUCUUUGUUGGUAGAGAACCAUAUACAUUGACUGAUUUUUUGUAUAUCACGGGAGCUUGGAGAGAAGCUUAUCAAGAAAGCAUAAAUCCCAUUUCAGUUCCUGAAGAUGGUUGGUCUGUCCCACAAGUAGUGGAAAAUUCUGAAGUGCUACCGCCUGAGACAAGAAGAUCUCUUGGAAGAAAUAGAAAACGCAGAUAUGAAACUGUUGAAGACAAAAUCCGAUCAUCACAAGGAUCACGGGGGGUCAGUUUCGUAAGUGCAGUAGAUGUGGUCUUGGUGGUCAUAAUAGAGCAACUUGCAAGAUGCCAAUAUAGUGGAUUUGUUUGCUGUGUUCUUCACAAUUUAGUGAAAGUUUUCCAGACUUCAUUUGCUUGA